UGGUGAAAGUGUAAAAUGAGAAAGUUUAAUGCAAGACAGCGUAUUGUUCAAUAGCGUUUGUGUAAAUGGUCUUUAUUUAGAAAUGCACAUGCAUUUGGAUCAUUGAAAAAAGCGCUAGAUUUUUCUAAAAGGGGUGGAUUGUUUGGUUUGUUUAUCAAGAUGGCGGCACCCAGACAAGGGAGGCAUGAAAAUCCACAUAUGAACUCUUAACACACAAUCCUGCAAAAUCAACCUCUCUAAUAGCAUUUUAUUUUGAUGCAUACUGGAAAUAUUAUUUAUACGCCAUAUAAGCAAAGCCACAUUUAACUUUGCGGUUUAUUAUUACGUUGUGAUAUUUCAUAGUAACCACUUAAGCGAAAUGUGAUAUUUUGUUUGGUUCACCGCCCAUUUUUAUUCGUUAGCUUGUGUGUUAGCAUAGCCGCUUAGCUGCUAACUACUAGGCGCUUGUGCUGCAGCUAGCCUCGACAAGAUGGCGGCAUUCACAUCUUCGCUGUGCUACUCAUUAUCUCAGAUAAACAUUUAACCCAGUGCCACAAUUUUCUUCCAAAAAUGCACGGAAGGCCAGCUGCAUGUGACGAUAAGGAUUUGGGAUUGUUUUUCUUUAUUACUCCCCGAAUGAGCAUUUGUUGAACUGCCGGUAUUUGUCUGUUAUUCGCUCGUGACCGAAAAGCGUCUUUUGCCGCUAAAAUGGCGGUUCGCGCAUAUUUGAGCUAACGUUAACCGGCUAACACCCAUUACGCUCGCAUUUUUCGUUAUAUUUUCUACCUUUGUGGUGUAAACAAAUACAAUAUUCAGGUUUUAACGAACAUUUCAAGUACGACGGCUACCGUUUGUUUGGGAAACCGUGUGGUUAUCCGCCGCAUUUCUGUGACCUAUUUAGCUCGCGAAGCUACGUAGCGCGCUAAUCCUGUUAGCGCUAAAACAAUAGCUUUUGACACACGAAUGCUGUUUCCAUCCACACUAAACCCCGGGCUGUGCGUGGGAUUUGUGUCUCGCUAGAGACGUGGAAAUGGCUUCUUCAGGCACAACGGUUCUGCAGCCGCGCUGGAAGAGAGUUCUGGGCUGGUCCGGCCCGGUUCCGCGCCCGAGACACGGACACCGAGCUGUGGCCAUUAAAGAGCUGAUGGUGGUGUUCGGCGGAGGGAAUGAAGGGAUUGUGGAUGAGCUGCACGUUUAUAACACAGCGACCAAUCAGUGGUUUAUUCCUGCUGUCCGGGGGGACAUUCCUCCUGGCUGUGCUGCAUAUGGGUUUGUGUGUGAUGGCACCAGACUUCUUGCCUUCGGGGGUAUGGUCGAGUAUGGAAAGUACAGCAAUGACCUUUAUGAACUACAGGCCAGUCGAUGGGAGUGGAAACGGUUGAAGCCAAAAGCUCCUAAAAAUGGACCACCGCCUUGUCCCCGUCUGGGUCACAGUUUUUCUCUCGUUGGAAACAAAUGCUAUUUGUUUGGCGGGCUUGCUAAUGACAGUGAAGAUCCCAAAAACAAUAUUCCAAGAUACUUAAAUGACCUGUACACACUGGAGCUUCGUCCGGGAUCAAGCGCAGGAGGCUGGGACAUCCCUAUUACAUACGGCGUGCUGCCGCCACCUCGUGAGAGCCACACAGCUGUUGUUUACACAGAGAAAACAUCCAAAAAGUCUCGUCUCAUCAUCUACGGUGGUAUGAGUGGGUGCCGCCUUGGAGACCUCUGGACUUUAGACAUAGAUACUUUGACCUGGAACAAACCCGCUAUAAGUGGCACAGCACCUCUGCCCCGCAGUCUGCACUCUGCCACCACUAUAACCAACAAGAUGUUUGUAUUUGGUGGAUGGGUCCCUCUGGUUAUGGAUGAUGUCAAAGUGGCAACUCAUGAGAAAGAAUGGAAGUGCACUAACACAUUGGCAUGCUUAAAUCUAGAUGCAAUGUCUUGGGAAACUAUCUUGAUGGACACACUAGAGGAUAAUAUCCCAAGGGCCAGAGCUGGACACUGUUCAGUGGCCAUUAACAACAGGCUGUACGUCUGGAGUGGCAGGGAUGGCUACCGCAAAGCCUGGAACAAUCAAGUUUGCUGCAAGGAUCUUUGGUACCUGGAGACAGAUCGUCCUCAGGCCCCGUCGCGGGUACAGCUGGUCCGUGCCAACACCAACUCUCUUGAGGUCAGUUGGGGGGCGGUGCCCACUGCUGACACUUACCUGCUACAGCUGCAGAAAUAUGACAUCCCUGCUGCAAUGGCUGCCACAUCUCCGACUGCCACCCACACCCCUUCUUUACCGACAAACUCGCCCAAGAGCCCUGUUCCCGCUGCUGCCGCGCCUGCCACUCAGAGCAUGCCCCUGUCUGGGGUCACGCUGUUACAACAAGUUCCUUCACCCACCACCUCCAUGCCAAGCAGUCCGCUGGCAGCCUCACCCCGUGGACCAGCUAUUCUUAAAGUGGCAGCACCUCAUUCAGCAGCUGGGGCUUCAGUUGUUACUGUGCACCAGGCAACCCCAGGGAGCAAAUCUCCAGUCACAGUUACAUCACUUCCUGCGGGAGUCCGCAUGGUUGUCCCUGCGCAGAGCACCCAAGGAACUCCAAUCGGCAGCAGCCCUCAGAUGAGCGGCAUGGCUGCUUUGGCUGCAGCUGCAGCUGCCACACAGAAGAUCCCGCCCUCUUCCACAACCACUGUGCUAAAUGUUCCAGCUGGAGCAACCAUCAUGAAAACUGUUGCUAUGACUCCGGGAUCCACAACUUUACCGGCUAAUGUCAAAGUAGCUUCACCUAUAAUGGUUACUAACCCUGCUACCCGAAUGCUGAAAACGGCAGCGGCACAGGUUGGCACUUCAGCCAUCACUACUCCCAACACCCCGACACGCCCCAUCAUCACUGUACACAAAUCAGGCACGGUGACUGUGGCUCAGCAGGCUCAGGUCGUCACCACAAUGGUUGGAGGAGUCACCAAAACUAUAACUCUUGUUAAGAGCCCCAUCACUAUGGGUAGCGGUGGCACUCUGCUCUCCAGCCUUGGAAAAAUGAUGUCUGUCGUUCAGACAAAACCAGUGCAAACCUCUGCUGUGACUGGGCAGGCUGGAAGCAGUCCCGUCACACUAAUACAGACAAAGACUCCUUUGCCCGCCGGUACCAUCCUGAAGCUGGUGACUUCUGCAGAUGGCAAGCCCACUACCAUCAUUACAACGUCUCAGGCAGGAGGAACCGGAACGAAGCCCACUAUACUGGGCAUCAGCAGUGUCUCUCCAACCACCGCCAAACCAGGAACAACCUAUAUUAAAACCAUUCCCAUGUCUGCCAUUCAACAAGGAGCAGCAGGUUUGACCAGCAGUGCUGGCAUCAAAUCCCCCUACACAAUUAUCACCACCAAAGUUGGCACUCCUGGCACAGGCACACCUGGCAAAUUCAUAACCACUGUGCCUAAGCUGACAGGCGCUGGACAACAUGGAGUCACGCAGGUGGUCUUGAAGGGGGUACCGGGUCAGCCAGGCACCAUCCUGCGCACACUUCCUAUGGGUGGAGUGCGUCUGGUUUCUCCAGGCACUGUGUCAGCUGGGAAACCCACUGUUACGACACUGGUGGUCAAGGGCACCACAGGUGUCACGACUUUGGGUACAGUGACUGGUACUGUGUCCACCAGUGGGGUUGGGGGCAGUGUGGCAAGCACAAUCGCCAGCCUGGCAACUCCCGUCACCACCCUUGCCCCUGUAACUACUUUAUCCAGCCAAGUUAUCAAUCCAGCGGCUAUCACUGUAUCUGCUGCACAGACAAGCCUCGCCACCACCACGAUACAAUCUGCUGCACAGCCUACUAAAGUUACUCUGAUCACCACACCAAGUGGUGCUGAGGAUCAGCCCGCACAGGAUCUUCCUGUUUCUAUCCUGGCAUCUCCCACCUCUGAUCAGCCCUCCAACACUGGUGCUGAUGCUGGUGAUGCCGCUGGCGAAGGUGCUGCUACCGUUACUAUCAUCUGCUCCAACCCACCAUGCGAGACCCACGAGACCGGAACGACCAAUACGGCUACAACAGCUUCUGCCAAGAUCUGUUCCAACCCUCCCUGCGAAACGCACGUCACAGGCACCACCAACACGGCCACGACUGCCUCUGCUAACAUGGGCGGAGUGCAGCAGGUGUGCACCAACCCACCCUCAGAGACACACGACACGGGCACCACCAACACAGCCACCACUGCCAGCUGCAACAUGGGCUCUACAGAGAUGGGCACGGUGAACAGCAAGACAGAGUCUUCUACGGCGGGUACAUCCUCAGCCUCUGUUUCGGAACCAGCGGGUUCUGCUGGGGAAGGCGGUUCUGCUGGGGAAGGCGGUUCUGCUGCGGAAGGCGGUUCUGCAUCUGGCACCAUGCGUCCUGAGAAUCAACGCACGGGUACCACCAACACCUCCACCACUGCCAGCUGCAACAUGGGCUCUACAGAGAUGGGCACAGUGAACAGCAAGACAGAGUCUUCUACGGCGGGUACAUCCUCAGCCUCUGUUUCGGAACCAGCAGGGUCUGCUGCGGAAGGCGAGUCUGCUGCGGAAGGCAGUUCUGCAUCUGGCACCAUGCGUCCGGAGAAUCACCGCACGGGUACCACCAACACCUCCACCACUGCUCGCUCCAACAUGGGCUCUGAUCAGACAGGAACAGUUCAGAGCUCCAGCAAGAGCCAAGCUGCAAUCUCUUCCACGAUGUUGCCUCUCUGUUCCAGCCCCUCUUCAGAGACGCUCCAGACCAGCACUGCAAACCCGGAUGCCUUGUCUGCUCCAGGAGAUGUCGAACAAGACUGCUCAAAUCCACCUUGUGAGACACAAGAAACAGUCACAACCAAUAGUGCUACACAAUCAACCUCUGCGAUGGGCAAUGUGCAAACCAAUGUUGCGCAGAGGGUGUGCUCUAAUCCACCUUGUGAAACCCAUGAGACGGUCACUACCAACACACCCACCCCAGCCUCAUCUAAUAUUGGCGCUGGUCAGAAUGCCACUGUGCAAAGGCUAUGUUCCAAUCCGCCCUGCGAAACCCAUGAGACCGGCACUACCAACACACCCACCCAGGCCUCAUCUACUAUUGGUGACGGACAGAAUGCCACUGUGCAAAGGGUAUGUUCCAAUCCACCCUGCGAAACCCACGAGACGGGCACUACCAACACGCCAACCCAAUCUUCAUCUAGUAUUGGUCCUGAACAAAAUGCCACUGUGCAAAGGGUAUGUUCCAAUCCACCCUGCGAAACCCACGAAACUGGUACUACAAGUACAGCCACCACAGCUACCAGCAGCUUAGAAACUGGAGAUGGUACUGCUCAGCAGGGUGGUGAAGAACAGGUUGACAGUGGAACCAGCUCAGAACCCACGUCCUCUACAGAACCAGCCAAUCCCACAACACAAAGCAGAGCCAUCACCACAGUGACACAAGCCACACCCACUCCAGGACCAUCAGUACCGGAGAUCUCAUCCAUGGCUGGUUCUGCAGUAGUGGCUGAGGUUCCAGGAGAGUCAGAGGCUAUGGAGCAGACCAGUGCUGAAGCUGCGGCCGCUGGAGAAGAACCCAUGCAGACAGAGUGCCAGGGAGACCUGGGUGAGGAAGCAGCCGUCAGGGUGGUUGCCAUAGAUGAAGCUGCGGAUGAGGGCACCAUGGUGCAAGUUCAUGUUGCCAUGGAAGCGCAGCCAGGCCAGGGAGAUCAGGAUGAGCAGAUGGAGGCUGGUGUUGAGGGCACAGAAGCGAUGAGUCUUGCUCCUCAGGACUCAGACGCCCUCUCUCUACCUCAGGAGCUGAUGUCUGCAGAAGGUCAGCAAACUACCCUCAUGGUGACCGGACUGACCCCGGAAGAGCUGGCUGUGACUGCAGCCGCUGAGGCAGCUGCGCAGGCAGCAGCUACAGAGGAGGCCCAGGCCCUCGCCAUCCAAGCCGUACUGCAGGCAGCUCAACAGGCUGUGCUCAGCGGAAAUGCAGGUCAGGAGCAGCGGUCCACCACCAUCCCUAUCGUCCUGACACAGCAGGAACUCGCAGCUCUCGUUCAGCAGCAGCAACAGCUGCAGGCAGCCGCAGCCCAGCAGCUGAGUGCCGAAGCGGCCGCAGCUGCGCUGCCCACCGAGGGUUUGGCUCCAGCAGACAGCCUCAACGACCCUGCAUCUGAGAGCAACGGACACGAGAUGGCGACUGCCGUUACGGCAGCUGUGGCCAGUCUCUUACCGCGUGCUGCUGCUGAAACUGUGGCCCCAUCGAGUACUUUCGCACUAUCUCAGCCCAUGGUGGUCGCCAGCCCUGCUAAGAUGCAAGCGGCCACUGCUUUAGCUGAAGUGGCCAAUGGGAUCGAGUCAGCAUCUGGGAAGCAAGCAGCCCCUCCAGCAGUGGUGAAGCCACCUGUGAAGAAAGAGAAUCAGUGGUUUGAUGUUGGUAUCGUCAAGGUUACGAACACGGUUGUCACUCACUAUUACGUGCCGGCAGAUGAUUCGGCUGUUACUGAUGAUGACUCUGGUGCCAUGCCGGACUACAGCCGAAUGAAGAAGAUAGAACUGUCUCCUGGCACUGCGUACAAGUUCCGUGUAGCUGGUAUCAAUGCGUGCGGUCGUGGAACGUUCUCCGAGGUCUCCGCUUUUAAGACCUGCUUACCUGGCUUCCCUGGAGCACCGUGUGCCAUCAAAAUCAGCAAGAGCCCUGAUGGUGCCCACCUGACCUGGGAGCCUCCUUCAGUGACAUCAGGGAAGAUCAUAGAGUAUUCAGUGUAUCUGGCCAUACAGAGCUCGCAGACAGUCGAGGCGAAAGCGUCUGCUCCGGCACAGCUUGCCUUUAUGCGGGUGUACUGUGGACCCAGUCCAUCCUGCCUGGUGCAGUCGUCUAGUCUCUCCAACGCCCACAUCGACUACACCACCAAACCCGCCAUCAUCUUCCGCAUUGCCGCCCGUAACGAGAAGGGCUAUGGUCCCGCCACGCAAGUCAGGUGGCUGCAAGAAACCAGUAAGGACGGUUCCGCAGCCAAACCAGCAGCAAAGAGACCAGUGUCUUCACCUGAUAUGAAAGGCACCGGUAUGAAGAAAGCCAGAUCUGACCAGUGAGAGCUCACAUGACGUCUGACCUCGCCCGCCUCUAUGAGCUAAACCGUGACUGAACUCCACUUCCUGCUGAAUGACCUUCUUGCUUCCACUCGCUCCCCAUUUUCAUCCUCUUCAACAGGAUACGGGAGCUAAAAAUAGGAGAACGUUUCAGACAAAAAAAGGAUAAUCCAUUCGUGAAAAAUCAGCUCCCAUCACCGGACAUAUUGGUGCCAUGGUGUAUUUUUUAAACGAAUCAUAAAUGUUCCUUCCUCCAAGUCGAAAGGACAUGCUUUUGCUUUCCUGACAAUUUUCUCUAAAGAGAUUUCAAUGGCAGCGUUCAGUCUAGUUAUCAGAUAUUCGUUCUUUAUCCAUCCUUGAUAUUCAUUUAUUUUUAAGCUUAUUUCAAUACAAGCAAUAGAUAACAAAAUAACAUUUGCUCUUUGUCGGUUUGUUGAUGUUUUCAUUAUUUGAACAAGGCUGUAUAUUUCAACGGUGUGCUAAGAAAUGAAGGAGGAAGCGCGGACGAGACUUCACUGGGAAACUUCGAGAUACGAUUACAAUGAAAACGAACAGCACUUGGUGACGCUUGAGAGGGAAAAGACUCUGCCAUUAUUAAUUCACUGCGAGUUCAGUAGCUUGUUUUACAUCACUGUGUUCAUACAUUUGCUGUGAGGGACAGAACCCGAGAGGCAUAAUGCUGAAGAGAAAAGGACUUCAACCCAUGUAGAUGAAAUCGUACUACUUUUGCAUUGCGUCAACUAAAUCUUGUAUAAAGAGCAAAAAUCCCAAAAAUAGUAAAUGGUGAUACAGGAGUUCUUCGUGUGUGGUUUAUUUUUGUAUUUUUUUUUUUAAGAAAAGUUCUUUCCUUCUUGUGUACGUGUGCUUCAGAGCAGCGUUUUGAACCUCACACCUCUCCUGAACAUGUUACCAGCUGAUUCCUGAAGUCAUCUUGAUUGUGGAUUUGAUGCGCUGGCUAGUGUCUGAAGGCCACAGUUUUUCAUAUCCCAUCGUUUAUGAAUGAUUUCAACCUUAUUUUGGGAAUUGUAGUAUAAAAUGUAUGUAUUUGUUCAGAAAAUUUUCCCACAGCAAGGUCGAUGAGUGAGAAAAUAUUUUGCAACCUUUCGUUUUCCACCUUGCAUUUUUAUUCUUGGCAUUUAUAGAAGCCUAUACGUUAGACAAAGAUGCUUUUUAUUUUAAUCUUCUCCCUGUCACCCUUUGCCUAGUCUAUAGUUUAAUUUAAUUUCUCAAUCUUACCUUUUAUAUUCUUGGUUUUGUGCGUUGGUAGAUAUAAACCGGAGUUUUCUCAAAUUGUGCGGCAGAUGUUUUCAGAACCUUUUCUGCGGGCGGUUUUGGGAUGGUUAAGGAUGCAGGCCUGUGUAAAUGCUUAAGUGAUGGGAUUUUAGGAAAGGUGUGAUGGACAUUUCAUUUUUUUGAAUGGAUAUUAGAAACUGAUUAUUUCUGUUUCUCUAGUGGUUGGAAAAUGUAAAGACGGAUUGUUGGCUUAGCCGGAGUGCGAACUCAGUUGUAAAUUAGUUCUUUCACAUAGCAAGAAGUAAAACGAAAAACUCUUUGCCUUUUUUAUAUAAUUAUCUGUAACAAAAUGUUUUUACAUGUUGUCAUCUAUGGUUGCUUUUGUGUCUUGACAUAUAAAAGUAAUGGAAUUCUG